AUGGCCAGCGGCUCGUCUCGCGGGCUGAAGCGAGAAUUGGAUUCCGGCGAGCAGGAGGAAGCGCAAGGCGACCCGGACGAAUCGGAGAGCAUAGUAGCUUUUGCGCUCUACAAACCCAGGCCAAUGAUCACAGACAUGACCAAGGGAGGUAUGGGAGAGAUCGCGAGGAGGAUGUGUCCUACGAGACCCCCCAAGCCAGUUGGGCAGCUUGACAGGUGCACGACUGGGCUUAUGAUCUUCACGACCAAUGGUCGCCUCACUUGCCACCUAAACAGUCAUGUGUCAAAGACCUAUCGAGCUUGGUAUGACGGUUGGACAAGCAGCAAUGGAAGGAGCUCCGGUGAGCUUACAGAUGAGCAGUGCCAGCAGCUACGGGAGGGCAUCUGCCUGUCGCGUGGCGAUGGGUGGGCCAACUUCGAGACGGUGCAGAGGAGGGAGUCUGAAGAGCUACCCAGUGUCCAACUGCCCACAGGCGAGGAGAUCCGCAAAUUCCGAUUCUGUGCCGACGUACGCAUCCGCUCGGGCAAGUUUCAUGUGGUGAAGAGGCUUUUCAUGUCUGUUGGGAAGUCGGUCAUCCGGCUGCAACGCCUCGAAGUAGCUGGCCUCUCUUUGGAGAAGUGCGGCCUUGAGAGGCCGGGUGACUUCGUCCAGCUUUCGGACGAGCAGAUCGCUCUGCUUUGGCAGGAUUGCAUCUCCAAAUAG